AUGGAGAAUGAUCAAGGUGUUUUAGUUGAUUUAUAUGUUCCAAGAAAGUGUGCUGCAACAAAUCGUUUGAUUAAAGCAAAGGAUCAUGCAUCUAUUCAAAUUAAUAUCUGUGAUGUAAGUUCCGACGGAAGACAGAUCCCUGGAAAAGAUACAACAUAUGCUUUAUGUGGGUUUGUUCGUAGUAAAGGUGAAAGUGAUGACUGUAUUAAUCGGUUAGCAACACGUGAUGGUUUAUUGAAAAAUGUCUGGUCAUAUCAGAGAUGA